UGAUUAGUGGAGCGGGCACAUGGUCGACAAGUUACAAGAUUCUCCUACACGAAACACGACCUGCCUUCAGUUCAUUCUUCAUUCUACUUCCACUGAGAUUGAGCAGGUCGCAGGUGUGAUGCACAUUGCACAGUGAAGAAAGUUGAAAGACCGCAAACGUCAGUGUACAACAAUAUUCAUUAUCACUCUGUCUUUCAAUUUCUCUUGAGACCACCGGUCGUUGAUAUCACCAAGGCGUAACGACGUUAUUUUGGAAUAUUAACAGGAGCACCUCUCUUGAAUCUAGCAAGUGGUGUAUCAACAUUCCUUCCUGGGCCUAUGCAAGAUAAACAACCUGUUAUCUCCAAUUUCAUCGCUCUUCUAUCAGGUAAAAGAAUGCCAUUGGAUGAAUUGGAUAUGCUUAUCUCAUCAAAUUAGAGAAAAACUGCAUUCUGGACCGUGGAUAUUGUAGACAUGAAAAAUUCUUUACAAAAUUAGAAAAAUCAAUACUAAAAAAUCUAACAUUUAUAAUGUGUGACAGAGUCGGGGGCUUCAUCUUCACGAAGAUGACAUCAAGUGACGAAAUUCAAUUGGAAAAGCGGGGAGCCAGCGCUUGGAAAGCAUGGCUGCAAGACAACUUGUUUCUCAUGUACACUCUGUCUGGAGUGUUCAUCGGCAUUAUUUUAGGUUUUAUUCUUCGUCCCAUGAAUCUAGGACCAGACGCCAUACUUCUUAUCUCAUACCCCGGAGAAAUUUUCAUGAGAGUUUUGAAACUGAUGAUUCUUCCCUUCGUUAUAUCCUGUCUUAUUACAGGGACUGCUACUUUGAAUAUUGGAAAAAAUGGGCGAAUAGCAGUUAGAACAUUUUCCUACUUUGUGUCCACCUCAGCAUUAAAUGUAUGUCUGGGAAUGCUCCUUGUGCUGAUAAUCCAUCCUGGAGAUCCUGGUGUUAGACAGCAGACCACUCCAGUAAUGGAUGUGAAGAAGCUGAACAUCAUCGACGGGUUCCUCGACAUGGGCAGAAACCUUGUUCCUGACAAUAUAUUCCAAGCAGCUUUUGAGCAGACAUACACGGAGUAUGUUCCUGUUGAACCACAGCCCAGUGAAAUGGCUAGCAAUGGGAUUAGCAGUAAAAACUCCAGCAAUCAUACAGCUAUUGAUGAUUCGGCUCCCAAGAUGAAACGACAACUUCAAUUUCGAUCAGGAACGAAUACUCUGGGUAUAAUAUUCUUCUGUAUGAUAUUCGGCUCAGUGUUGGGAACUCUGGGUCCACAGAAGCAUAUCAUUAUUGACUUCUUCAGUGUUGUCUAUCAAGUUUUAUUAAAGAUGCUGAUGGGUGCAAUUUGGCUAACACCGUUAGGAGUGGGUAGUAUUAUAUGUGCAAAGAUAAUAACAAUUGUCAACCUCUCCCAAACAUUACUUCAGUUGAGUUGGUUCAUUUUCACUGUGGCAUUGGGAGUACUCAUAUAUCAAUUCGUGAUAAUUCAAUUGAUAUACUAUUUAAUAGUGAGGAAGAAUCCUUAUCAGUAUUACUUGACGUUUGGUCCAAGUAUCAUCACAGCUUUUGCAACUGCCUCCAAGGCAGCUGCUCUCCCUUUGACCUUCCAGAUAAUGGAUGAAAAAGUGAAAGCGAGUGAGAGGAUAACAAGAUUCGUUUUGCCAAUUGGCACACUGAACAUGGAUGGGACUGCACUCUUCAUAACGGUUGCAACUGCAUUCUUAGCUCAAAUAAAUAACAUUCCUCUUGGUGUGAAUGAAAUUCUAACUCUAGGGUAAGUUCAAGUCCAGUUUCAUGGUUGA